UCAGUGCCCCCUCCCAGCGCGAUGUGGCUGCUGGCCAUAGUGCCGGGCAGUGCGGUCCUAGCCAUGGCCUCGAGCGGGUCGACCAUGGACGUUCCCGCCGUUGUGCAAGACGGCAUAGCGGCCGUCGCCAGCAAGGCGGGCUUCAAAAAGCCACGGUUCCAUAUCGAGUCGGGCUCAAACGCCGGGGACGGCUACACUAGUAUCAUCUACAGAGCCAUUAUUCAUGACGAGGAUACUACCGGGGCCGACGAAAUGCGGCUUAUAUGCAAAACCACGCUUUCGGACACCGGGAACAUGGUUCACGAUUUCCUGUUUGAUGCGGAAUCAGUAUUAUACAGCACCAUCGUUCCCGUCCUGAUGGACGUCGCCAAGCUGAAGGAACCUCUACCGUGGCCCAAGUGUUUCCACGCCAACACGACGUCGGCUCGGCCGUGCCUGGUGUUGGAGGACAAGUGCGUGGAGCGCUUCAGGAUGGCCAACCGGCGCGUGCCGCUGGACGAGCACCACGCCCGCCAUGCCGUCACCCAGCUGGGCCGCUUCCACGGCGCCACCAUGGCCAUGGCCCUGCAGCGGCCCGCGGAGUUCGACGCCCUCGCCGACAGGCUGACGGCCCCGUACAGGACCGACGCCGUCAGGACCUUCUGGAAGUCGUGGAUGCUCGUCGCGGAGGAGACUCCAGCAAUGAUGCUGGAGCGGUACCCGGAAGGAACAGCAGCGCACGCCAAAGUGAAGCGUUUCUUCUCCACGUUCGGCGAUAAGUACUUCAGCGAGCUGAUGACUCCGGGCAAAGGGGUCGGCAACUCGAUCAUGCACGGGGAUUGCCACGUCAACAACAUGCUCUUCCAGUACGAUGAGGCUGGCGCCGUGACCGGGUGCUGUCUCAUCGACUUCCAGACUGCGCGCUUCUCCCACACGGCCCUGGACCUCGGCACACUGCUUCUGUCGUGCACGGAGAAGGCCAUGCGUGACCGGCACUGGGACGACCUGCUGAAGCACUACCACACUGUGCUGCAAAACACGCUCCGGGACGCUGGGAUCAAGGACCCGGACACCGUCUACUCUUGGGAUCAGUUCGUGGCGCGGUUGGGCGACAUGGCGGGUUUCGGCUUGUUCCUGACGCCGUUGUUGGUGCACGGCAUGGGAGCCGACGAGGAGCAGGUCAAGGAGUUACAGAGCUCUUGCGCCACCGUCCUCAGUGAAGACGACCCGGCGGCCACAGCGGGCGUCUUCAAGAUCAAAUGGACUUCGGAAGUGCGGCGGCGCGUGGGUGACGUCAUUGAUGACGUGAUGCGCUGGGGUUGGAUGUAGGCAAGCCCACACUGGUAAAAAGAAUAAAACCUAAUGCCCAACAGAGCUGAAACGAUCUACGCCCUUGGAACGUCGUGAAUCGGUUGAUGCCCUCAUCAGACGCGAGAAUGAGUUGGAGCUCUAGGCAAAACUAUACAUGCUCUUCCAAUGCCUUAAGGCAUUGAGCCAUUAACGGCACAGUGGGCCUGAAGACCGGUGGAGGCGGCCAAAAUUCUCGACGCGUUUUGAGUUCCAGAGUCGCUCUACAAACUGAAGUGUGUACUCAGUAUGCAUCUACAGAUGCAUGGAAAAAACAUGGAUUCUCAUCUGCAUCUGUAGAUGUGUACUCAGCUAGGUAUGCAGCUGUACGUAUAAGUAUGCAUCUGUAGAUGCAUACUGAGUACACACUUCAGUUUGUUGAGAACCUAUGUUUUUUUCCAUGCAUCUGUUGGUGUAUACUUAUAAGUAUGCAACUGUAGAUGCAUACUGAGUACACACUUCAGUUUGUUGAGAAUCUAUGUUUUUUUUACCAGUGCAGCGGCUCAAGAAGUCGAGAACAAGACCCGAGAAAUAAAAGCAAAGUCUCAAGCAAGUGGUUUCAUUGCUAUGUAUAUGCUAUCUUUUUUCAAUGUGGAUUUUCUUCUGAACUGCUAGGAAGUCACAGAUAUCCCAUACGCAGUGACGUGACACUUCUGUUCUUUGUCUCAAAAUUAAACUUACGCUUCAUGAACUUGUUAUCAUGUGUGAGUGAUUAUAGUCUUUCUUGCGUGUUACGCAUGUACAAGUUCAGUUUUGUCAACAUCACACUAAAUUCUUGUGGACUUUUUAAAUGCAUAAUUACGCAUAAUUUAUGCAUAGUUAUGCAUGCGCAGAAACGUAUAUCAGGUGUGUAUUAAACUAUGCAUCACUAUGUACAUUUUAUGCAUCUACCUGCAUAAAAUGUACACAGUGAUGCAUAAUAUCAUACACAACGUAUGGACGUAUCUGUGCAUGCAUAACUAUGCAUAAAAAAAGUCCAUAAGAAUUAAGUGUGAUGUAUAGAUGAAUUAGAGUCUUCGAAAGUUGAAAUUGUUGUCCUAUUUUCUUUGCAGUAAAGUCGUGUUUAUGAUCACAGA